AUGACUCAUUCUCUUGCAGGUGGGUUGGUGUGCAAUGACUUGAUGGAAAGCCGAAUAAAUCGCCUUCGGCGAACGAUGAACUUUUACAUUCCGGCGGACGCUGCCAUUCGUAACACUGUGGUGCUGACUCGAAAGGACGCAACGUCUAACGAAUGGGACGAACACGAUAGCUACGACAAAGUUCUAGUCGACGUUCCAUGUACGACUGACCGUCUCAGUUCUCAGGAUGCAUCAGCUGAACUUUUCAAAAGGAAUCGCACGAAGGAUAGACUGCAGUUGCCAGAAAGGCAAAUGAAAAUUUUGUAUGCUGGACUUAGAUCUGUCCGCCCCGGCGGCAGCGUCGUAUAUUCAACUUGCACCCUUUCGCCUAUUCAGAAUGACGGCGUUGUUGAAGCUACGUUGAACCUGGUCGCAAAGCUCGGGCAGAUGAAGGUAGUGGUCAAAGAUUUGUCAGAAUUGAGAAACGAUUUCAUUAGAGCAGAGGUGUUUUAUUUUGAUCGCAGUUGUAAAUAUGGACAACUCAUUUUGCCGAAUUUGACGAAUAACUUUGGCCCUACAUACGUAUGCAAGCUCGAGCGAAUUAAAUAG